AUGAAGAAGUUAGUGAUCCUGUUGAAGCUGGAUGAUGUGCCAUUAUGCCGUUCGUUUGAAGUGGAAGUGGAUUCGCCGCUGCACUGGGAUAAUAUUGUAAUUUUUUUCUUAAGAAUUCUUCGAAUUGAGCAUUCUGACGAUGCUAAACCGGUCGUAGUAUUUUUAAAAGCACAAAUUCUAUGUUCGAUGCCAGAAAUUGAAGACUCGCUGUUGCAACAGAUCCAGCUUAUCAGCGUUGGCCAAGCAUUCCCAAUUCAUAUCGCAUUAGCUGAUCCUGUUCGCGUCACUGUUGUUCGAAUUGAAACACUAUCAUCGGAGGAUCAGACGAUGGCGUACAUAAACGCGGACACUAAAGUGCUUGUGAAACCGUUCAUACGCGAAUUGGACCAGGGGAAAGAUGAACCCCGGGAACAGCUACCCACUUCAGUUACCCGCGUUUUUGGAGAGCUAUGCACCGAUGCGACUGACACAUCGUUCUCUGCCAGAAUACGGCACUACUGUGGCGAUGAGGGCACGAGUUUUACGGCAAGGAUUCUGCCGGACGUGCUUCACGGGGAUUUUCACGAGCACUCCUCCAUUCCAUUGGUCUAUUCAGUGAAAAAUUGCCAAAGCAGCUCACCGUCUUUCACAAUUGUCAGCCUCAAAGACUACGAAACAAAGAAAUCAACGUACGCCCUAUCUGUUGAUAUACCUUCCGGAUCUAUGCAUUUGAAGGCUGUAGCUGACUCUUUAAAGCGAUAUGCUGUACGCCACUGUCUCUUCUCUUCCUCACUGCGUGAAGUUUUUGGCAACUCGUACAAGUGGAUUGAAAUUUCACCUCUAUCGAAGGACUGCGUUCGUCAGGUGGACACGCUGGAAGUAUUCUCGAAGGUUGCUGCACUAACUUAUUUUUUCAAAUUUUCUUUACUAGCUCUGAAUUAG